AUGGUCAGCCGCAAAGUAAGCGGAAAGCUGCUGCGGCAGGAGUUGGUGGAACAACUCGGCCCGUCAAAAGACGUGCAUCUAAAGCAUGUUGCUGUUGCAGAGCUCGAAAAGAAAUCACGAGCUGAUGGAGAGGGUAGCAAAACUUCUCCAGAGCCUUUGGCCGAGGUAUCAGAAGAUAUGCCGUUCUCUCUUGGUCCACAGCGAAUCAGCCAUAUUCCCUCUUCCUUAUCUGAAACACUUCUUUCCUUGUCACCGGAAGAGCGCUGCGUAAAUUUGGAGAGGGGACAGCAUGUCCCCCACCUGAUCUAUCAAACGCAGGGGCAGCGCCUGAAGGAUGAUUCAAGACACAAACGAACGUCUGGCCCGAGUAAUCUCUUACCUUCAGUUUUUCCCGCCUGUACCGUCAGCCCUUCGCAACAUGAUAUCUUGAGCUCAUCACUGAGACGCCCCAAAUCUUCAUCACCACGUUCAGCUAAAGGACUUCUUCCCGAUUACCUUCGUCCCUUACCAUCGAAGUUCCAAGAUGCUGAUAUCGACUAUCUUGAAGCCAAAGGUGCCCUAACUAUCCCUGAAGUUGGCCUUCGCAAUGAGCUGUUACGAAAUUAUAUUCAAUGGGUUCACACAUAUAUGCCCCUCCUGGAACUAGAAGAAUUUCUAUGUAUCAUAUUUCGGGACAAUGGGUUUCAGAAACUCAGCUUGCUUCUCUUCCAAGCCGUGAUGUUCGCAGGGACGGCCUUCAUUGAUAUGGAGUAUCUUUAUGCUGCGGGCUUUGAAUCACGAAAAGCAGCUCGAAAGGCGUUUUUCCAACGAGCAAGGCUGCUCUACGAUUUCGAUUACGAAGUAGACCGAAUCUCUCUGGUACAGUCUCUGCUCCUUAUGACAUAUUGGUAUGAGAUGCCAGAUGAUCAAAAGGACACCUGGCACUGGAUGGGAGUCAGCCUUUCAUUGGCGCACACAAUAGGACUGCAUCGGGACCCAGCUAACUCCACUAUGGAUCUCAAAAGACAAAAAUUGUGGAAACGGAUUUGGUGGAGUACUUAUUCAAGGGACCGUCUUAUUGCCCUUGGCAUGAGACGCCCAACCAGAAUCAAGGAUGAAGAUUGCGAUGUGCCGAUGCUUCUCGUUAGCGACUUCGAGUUCAAACCAUUUGCGCCUGAGGUCCUGCAAGUCCUCGGAGAUCUUGAGAUGGUCCACAAUGUUGCUCAUCAAAAAGAACUAGCAGCAAUGUUUAUUGAGAAAGCAAAGCUUUGUCUUUGCAUCAGCCAUGUCCUUUCAGCCCAAUAUUCUGUCCUUGGACAUAAAUUUGGUGGCACGACAGAGACAACGAUGAUGUUAUUGCCUAAAAAAUCAGCCGCGGAGACUUGUGAAGUACGCAGAUGUGAUGAGGAGUUGGAAACUUGGUUGAGCGAGCUAGCCGAAGAAUCUCAAUAUCGGCCUCCUCCGUCGGAAAUAUCGUCGGGAGAUGGAGUAAUCUAUCUGCACCGUUCACUCUUGCGUAUGAUAUAUCUUACUACUUCUAGUGCUCUUCAUAGACCACAAGUUCUUCCAGCCACGCCCUUCCCCACGGUGGAAGCAGAAUUACAGGCCCUAUCUCGCACGAAAGUUCGGCAUGCUGCUGUUGAAAUCACCAAUAUAGCACAAACUCUGCAUGGCUUGGAUCUUACCCGCUAUUUGCCGACAACCGGUGUUACUGUUCUGCUUCCGGCUGUUAUCAUUCAUUUGCUGGAUAUCAAAUCCAACGACAUUAGUGUCCGCACGGCAAGCUUGAAUCGCUUCUACCGAUGCAUGCAAAUCUUACAACGAAUGCGCGAUGUCUACGCAUCUGCCGAUUUCGCUACAUCUUUCCUCGAGGCUGCAAUUCGCAAAGCCGGCAUCCAAGUACCGUCAGAAAUGCUCUCCGAGGUUGCAGUAAGACCGACGACAGUUGCUCCAGCUCAUACCCGUCUUGAUGCCCUAACACCACCGCCUGAAGUUCAGCCCGAGAAGCUUUCUGGACUUACUAACCAUGAUACCUUGAUGCCAUCCUUACCCACGUUUACUCGAGCCGAACCCGCAGACCAAUUAUUCGCUUCCACACCGCCAUACUCAGUCGGGAGUGAGAAUGGAAGCACUCAAAAUAUUCGAAAUGAUGACAUUUUCAAAACAGCAUUGUUCGAUUCCGAGAAUGGUAACUCAGAACCCACACUCUCGGAUCUCAUGGAUAUGGCGCAUGAUGCGGAUAUUACGCAGAAUGACCUGGAUGCUUUGAUCAAUUUUGAUGAUUCGAAUGCGGAGUUCUUUGCUGCCGAGGACGGACUUGGCUUUGAUUUUGAUGUCUCUAAUUCGGUGACUAACGAAAACCACCCACUAUCUCUCGAUGGUGCAAGCUGGAUUCGUGACUUUGCUAGUAGCGGGAAUCUACAUGCCAACGUACCUAUGUCCCUCCAGGAUCCUUCUAGGGAAAUGGAAGACUGCCAUUCUACGACCUUAAAUGGUAAAAUAGAUCAUAACGACGAUGGCAGCAUCAAUAUGUGGGGGCAGAAAUUAGAUAUCCCCUCAUCACCUAAGCAUAAAGAUAUGAGUGUUACGGCAGAGAAUAUGGCAGGCAUUAUCACCAAGGUGGAAUUUUAA